AUGCCGUUCGAUGCUGAGGAUGCCGUCAAGUUUGUCGACGAAUAUCGCAAGUAUCUACAGUUCCAGUCGACGAUCGAAAAUUUGAAGAAUCCCCCGGAGCAAUAUUUGAUGCCGUCGACGGAUUUACUGGGCGGUCUGGACAAUAUCAGACGAAAGGCUCAGAAUCACGACUACUCUAGCCAUUGGGAUUUCGAAUUAGAUCUGCGACAACUCAUCAAUUCAGCACACGACGCCCACCUGACUCUACAGCUCUGCUCUACAGUGCUCUUUCGCUUCUCAAACUCGGUUCCUCUGGUCUCGCUGUCUUUGGACGGCCUGGAGCUGCCGCAGGUAUACACACUCGAUGACGCUGAACUCUUGACCCGAGGAGUCCAGUCCGUCUCGCCGGUAGUGGCUAUAGACGGCCAGGACGCUGCACGGUAUCUUGAAUCGUUCUCCUCCGAGGCCGCUCUACAUGACCCGGACGCUCAGUAUAAUACAAAUUUCCCGUCCCUAGCCAGUCAAACCGCUCUGGGAACGCCCCGCAACAACGGUCUCUGGUCACGGAACUUGGGAGAGAAGUGGACUGGCGACCGGCUCACCCUCACUUUCGCCAACGGCUCUUCAAUUGAGAGUCACAGGACAGCUGAUCUCAUACCACUGGAAUUCCCAUACCGCAAUGGUACCGCACUCUUCAACGCCCGCUGUCGCAAAGAACCAAUUCCAACGAUGGCCAUCGCAACAUCCGACAGCGGGGGCUAUCCCAACACAACCUGGUCUAGCUACGGCGGAUUAAUAGCGGGAUAUUUCUUAGAGGAAGAGGCACUUCAGGACGUUGGCGUGCUAGCGGUCACCACCUUCUCGGUCGAUGCUGCGACCAUGCAGCAGGUCAGUGUGGAUUUUCUGCGAAACGCGACCGAAGCUGGCAAGAAGAGGAUAAUCGUGGAUCUGUCCGGCAACCCCGGGGGUAGCUUGACUGCCGGUGUGGACCUCUUUCAUAUCUUCUUUCCGGACGUGGUGCCAUAUACAGCGACUCGGCUACGGGCGCACACCGGUGCAGAAUUCUUGAGCAAAGCAUUCUCCAGACUGGCAGAAUCGCAUCAAAAGCUGCAGUUCGAGCUCUGGGAGGGGAACCCGUUUUCCUGGCAGGCCGCAGUGACGCCAAACCAGGAUGACAAUUACAAAUCGCUGGAGGCCUGGUACGGACCGUAUGAGAUUGACGGGGCGCCAUUGUCGAAUCUCCAUGCCAACUUCAACUUCACCAGCAUCUCCACGACGCAUUCUCCAAUCACCGGAUACGGGCCGAUUCCUCUAGACCCUCCGCAGAGAUUAUUUGCCCCGGAGGAUAUCGUCAUUAUCACCGAUGGCAACUGUGUCUCGACAUGUGCCUACUUUGUCGAUCGAAUGCAGCGACAAGGCGUUCGCACGGUCGCGUUCGGCGGAAGACCUCAGUAUGGACCUAUGCAGGCCAUUGGCGGCACCCGUGGCGGCCAGAACCUGGCCUACGGUGGGGUCUACUCUUAUGUUGAAACGGCGCACAGUUUGAUCCGGGAGUCUUUACGGAAUGGCUCGACACCUCUGAUGUCAAUGCAAGAAUGGGCGCAAUUCAACCGAUCGGUCCCCGUUGACCCCGACGAAUUCCCGUUCGUCUUUGGCGGAGGAGUCAACCUGCGCAACGAGUACGCGCCCGGAGACGACGAAACGCCUCAACAGAUCACCUACAAGGCGGCGGACUGUCGGCUGUUCUACACAGCAGAAAGCUGGUUCUCACAGGAAGGAGUUUGGCGAGCAGCAGCAGCGGCUUUUUCCGGAGGAAAUAGCAGCUGUGUCCGGGGAUCCAUGCCAAUUUGA